AUGAUGCGCGACGCGCCGUUCGGCCAGGUCGUCCACUACCUUUCCGGCGGACGGCUCUUCAAGUACCCCGAGGAGAUGCCCGACUACGUCGUUCCCGCCAAAUACCUCCGCCGAGGCGACCACAGCCCGUCGCGCGACUCGCAGCAGACGCUGUCGGCCGACGAGCGCACCACCCCGACCGCCGGCCGCAAGUCGGUCGACGCCCAGACGCUCGUCAACUCGAACUCGCCGAUCAAGCGCAACUUUGACACGGACCAGGAGAAGCGGGAUCGCGAGGACGGCGCGCAGGAGAAGAAGAAGAAGCGCGCAGGCGGCGAGCGCGACCUCGAGGGCGAGGGGAACGGCGACGAGGAGGAGCGGCGCAAGAAGGAGAAGGAGCAGCACCCGGGCACCGCCGACCCCGAGAAGGCUCGCAAGGAGGGCCUCAAGUACCAGUACCUCGUCGACUUUGAGGAGGGCGACCAGCUCAACCCGCACUCGUGGUCGAACCGCAAGCGCAACUUUGUCGCCGGCGAGGUCGCCCUCAUGACGACCGUCGUGUACAUCGGCAGCGCCAUCUACACGCCCUCAGAGCAGGGCCUCAUGCUCGAGUACGGCGUCUCUCAGACCGUCACGAUCCUCGGUCUAUCGCUAUUCAUUCUUGGCUACGGGAUCGGGCCGAUGUUCCUGUCGCCCCUUCAGGAGACGCCCCACCUCGGCCGCAACGUCGUGUACUGGCUCGCCAUCUUCUUUUUCACGCUCUUCCAGGCCCCCAUUUUAAAACCGACCAACUUGACGUGCCUCCUAAUCUUCCGGUUCAUCACGGGCUUCGUCGGCUCGCCUAUCCUCGCGACGGGCGGUGCGUCGAUGGCCGACCUGUUCACGCCGAGGAACGUGCCGUACGCGAUGGGCGUGUGGAGCGUCGGCGCCGUUUGCGGCCCAAUUCUCGGACCCGUCGUCGCAAGCUUCGCCGCCAUGAACAAGGGGUGGAGGUGGCCGAUAUACGAGUUGUUAUGGAUGUCGGGCUUUGGCCUGAUCGUCUUUACCUUCUUCCUCCCCGAGACCUACGCCCCGACCCUCCUCCUUCGCCGCGCCGAGCGCCUGCGCAAGCUCACGGGCAACGACCUCAUCAAGACCCGCUUCGAGGUCGAGAACCCCAAGGGCGAGUCGAUCCUCAAGAUGGGCGUCACCCAGAUCAAGAUGGCCUUCCGCCUCUCCGCCGAGCCCAUCGUCUUCUUCUGCAACCUCUACAUCGGCCUCCUGUACUCCGUCUUCUACUUGUGGUUCGAGGCGUUCCCCAUCGUCUUUGCCGAGAAGAGGGGGUUCAACCUCGGCGUCUCAACCCUGCCCUUCCUCGGCUUCCUCGUCACGGGCGCCAUCACGGUCACGGUGUACAUCCUGUACCACAAGCUCUACCUCUUGCCCAAGUACGACAAGAACAACUGGAACCUCGCGCCCGAGGAGCGCCUUCGCCUCGCCCUGUUCGCCGUUCCCUUUGUCCCGGUCGCCCUCUUCAUCUUUGGCUGGACCGGUCAGUACAGCGACGUGCACUGGAUCGGGCCGACGAUCGGCGCUGCCCUCUACUUCCCCGGCAUCUACUGCGCCUUCCAGUGCAUCCUCCUGUACCUGCAGCUCAUCUACCAGGACAAGGCGGCGUCCGUCUUGGCCUCGAACGACCUCUUCCGCUCGAGCAUGGCCGCAGGCUUCCCCCUGUUCGGCUCGUUCUUCUUCCACAACCUCGGCGUCGGCCCGGCCUGUUCGCUCCUGGCGGGCCUCAACAUCCUCUUCAUCAUCCCGCUCUUCUGCCUGUUCAAGUUCGGGCACCGCCUGCGCGAGCGCUCCCAGUUCUGCGCGUCGUGA